AGGUGGACCACAUAUUGAACAUAAUGAUUUUAGGACACAAUAUAUUGUUGCUCCUUAAUUAAUUUAAUAUAUUAAAAUAACUUUGUAUGAUGGCAAAUGUUUGGGAACGAACGCAUCGAAAAUUUGAAUUUUACCGCGCCACACUCGCGCGCGCUUGUCGACUACGUAACGUCUAGCUAGGCCUAACCUCAAAUUGAAUCCUAACCUCAAUCGGAAUCGUAACGACUAAACUUCAACAUAUUAUUAUCAUAACAUAGUUCUAAGUUAAAAAACUAAAAUUUCUUUCUAGCUUUAAUGUGCUUAUAAGUGUACCUUUAUAAGCAUUCUUAAAAAUUGUUACUGUAAAUUCAUUAAUUACAAGAAAUGGUAAGUAAUCAGUUUCUCAUUAUCCCAGUGUGUGUGUUUUAACUUAAAUGUUAUUGUUGUUAAUGCUCAUAAAGUACCUCAUAGGUAGAUAUUUAGGUACCUACUUACUGAAAGAGUCCUGCGUGACUUAUGUACCUACUUAUAUAUUUUUUUUUGGACGAGAGAGAUUGAAGAGCAUAAGGUUACUGACCCAACCUAAUAAAAUCUUAGAUAAAUUCACACAAUGAAAUCAAGUGUAUCGUAGUGACCACAUUGAUUUUAAUGCUUUUAAAAAUAAAAUAAGAGAGCAACCUACAGAAUGAGUAUAGAAUGCAUAAACUUAAAAAUAAUCUUCGUUAAAGUUUUUAAAAGCACCUAGCGAAAACUUCGAUACAAACUAUUGCGCGACACAAAAACAUUGCGCUUCAUUAACAGGCAUGCAUUUACAACAAGUAAAUAGUAAUCUACCUACCUACUACUUUUUACUUUAUUUGUAUAUUACAGAUUUUUAAAAACUAUAAAAUUUAGAGAACCUGAAAUUGUUUUGCUUGUUUAACACUAUACUUACCUAAAGUAAGUAAGUAUUACCUAUUUGACGUAAGUACCUACCGAGGUAAUAAAAAAUCGUGUAGGGGCCUAAACUUAAGUAAGGUCUUUAUGGAAAAUGCAGUGGACUGUGAAACUACCUAUAUUAUUAUGUUUUAUGUACUUAUAGCUUAUAUGUUUACAAAAGUUUGUUGUCUGAUGUGGGGUGUGAAAUUUGCGUAGUUUUGCUUUGUUUGUGAGGUAAUGCGCCACCAGCCUGUACUAUAGCGAAUGUGGGUGUUUUUAUGUAUAUAUAUUUAAUAUGUAUUUUCAACAGUCUGUUGUCUGUUGUGGGGUGUGAAAUUUGCAUGGUGAAAUUUGCAUGGUUUUGCUUACAGGGUGAUUCUAAGGGAAAAGGAGAUGGUACUAGUGGAUUGAAACGUUCAUUAAAAAAAAUAGAUUCAUUUUUCCCAAAGAAACCAAGGCUUGAGAUUGCUCACUCGAAAAAUUCAUCUACAACAACUAUAGAAGAAAAUAAUUGUAUUGCCGAUGCUUCUGCUUCUACAGCUACAUUGCUUACAUUAACCAUAGGUGAAGAAAAAACAUGCUUUCCUGUUACUAACGAUAUUCAGCCUACAAUAUGUACAUCGACUUCUGAUUCUCAUCAUAUAAAGACUUCACUUUCUCAACCAAAGUUUGCUUCAGAUAUUGCUUGUUAUAUAGGGAAAAAUAUAGAUGAUUCAACCAAAGCUAUGUUGCUUGAAAAGCAUUGGCAGCCUCCUAAUUCUAAUUAUACUUUCCCGCAUUGUGUUGUUAAUAAAAAAGGAAAACAAACAAAAAAAUAUGCUCAGAAGUCUCACCUUGACAAGUUUCACUGGCUUGUUUUGUCGCAUAAAGACCAGGGUCUUUACUGCAAGUACUGUGCUUUGUUUGUUGUAGCUCUUGGAGGUGGUAUACAGACAAAAACACCUUUACGUCGACUCGUAAAAGAACCAUUAAAAGCUUUCGACAAUUUGCUAGGUGAAAAUGGUGUUCUGCUAACACACCAGCGAAACAAAUACCACGAAUUAGCUGUCGAAGCAGGGAAGAACUUUUUAUUGAGUUUUCAUAAACCGGAAAUUAACGUAAUGAACCAAGUAAAUAGUCAAAGACUGAAACAAAUAAAUGAAAAUAGAGAACGUUUGCGACCAAUAGUAAAAACUAUAAUAUUUUGUGGCCAUCAAAAUAUAUCAUUACGUGGCCAUCGCGACGAUGGUAAAUUGCAGAACUAUGAUAGUGACGACAGCGUAGUAGCCGAUGAAGGGAAUUUUAGAGCCCUUUUAAAAUUCCGUAUUGACUCCGGCGAUAUUACAUUGCAGCAACAUUUAGAAUCUUCAAAAUCCAACGCCACGUACAUCAGCAAGACUGUACAAAAUGAGUUGAUAGAUGUUUGCGCAGAAAUCAUCCAGGAAAACAUUUUACAGAAUGUGCGGGAAGCUAAAUAUUUUUCAAUUUUGUUCGAUGAAACAACAGAUAUAUCACAUAUUUCACAGCUGAGCCUAUCAUUCCGAUAUUUGCAUGAUGGUAUUAUUAAGGAACAUUUUGUGACUUUUUGUGAUACCUACGAUGCUCUCAGACGUGAAGACAACAAGAAAGAUAUAGAGCCUCGAUUGACAGGUGUAGCAUUGGCGAAAAUCGUUCAAUAUCUGUGUACCAAAUUUAACUUAGAUUUAUCUUGGUGUGUGGGUAUUGGAACUGACAGUUGCUCGGUUAUGGCAUCAGAUACAAAAGGUGCAGUGCAAGAAUUGAUGAAAAUAGCCAUUCAUGCUAAACGUUGCCCGUGCAACAACCAUGUGCUCAAUAACUCAUUGGCAAGAUCAUCCAAAGUAGUUUCCUGUCGCAAUACAUCUGGCACAAUGAGAAAAGUUGUGGCAUUUGCCAAUGCAUCCGCUAAGAGGCAUGAAAUUUUUAAAAUAGAACUCGGAGCUGCCAUGCAAGGUAUUUGUGAGACACGUUGGGUAGAGAGGCAUGAUGGGCAUCUUCAAUUUCAAGGAGACAACUUAAUAAAAAUUUGUAGCGCUCUGGAGAAGAUUUCUGCCUGGCAAGACAAUAAAACUGCUAAUGAUGCGCAUUGCUUGCUGCAAACAUUGCGCAGUUCUGACUUUAUUAUAUGCUCCAUCUGUUUAAGUGAUGUAUUAUGUACUACUGUAUCUUUAAGCAGAAUAUUGCAAUCGAACUCAAUUGAUUUAAAAAAAGCUACGAACGCUAUUAAUGAUACUUUAAGUGUGUUACAAAAUAAAAGAGAAAAUGUGGACGUAAUCUUUCAUCAGCUUUUUGAAGAGGCUAAAGAAGUAGCUGAGCAGCUAGAUAUAGAAAUUAAAUGCCCCAGAAUAGUAUCAAAACAAAUACAUAGGGCCAAUAAUCAACCUGCUCAAUCUACUGAAGAGUAUUUCCGCAGAGCUAUAUACAUCCCACUUCUAGAUUCAAUAAUAAGUGAUCUCCAGGACCGCCUGUCUCCUGAUGUACUCAAUUUGUUUCAGCUAUGCGUUUUCAUGCCAAAAAGCGAAUAUAGUAAUGAAGACAUUGAAACUGUGAAACAACUAGCUACCGACUAUACAUUAUUACUAGAUAACACUCCAGUUUCUGUCAUUGUAAAUGAAUAUCGGCUUUGGAUGAUGAAGUGGCAGCGGAGCCAGGACAUACCGCAGUCGAUUUCUGAUCUUAUUUUAAAUUGUGACAUCGAUAUGUAUCCUAAUAUAAGAAUUUUUUUAUGUAUUAUGGCUACACUACCUGUCAGUGUAGCGACAGCAGAAAGGUCUUUCUCUACGUUGCGAAGACUUAAAUCGUGGCUAAGAUCUUCAAUGGUUGAAGAUCGUCUAACCGGACUGGCACUUCUCCACGUACAUAAAAACGUACCCAUUGACGUAAAUGACGUAAUAACGCGUUUCGGGAGAAGAAGUAAAAGAAAAAUUGAUUUUGUUCUUUAAAUAUAUGUAUUUUGUCUGUUUC